GUUGACCAGAAUAAAUCAUAUGAUAUCGUGUUUGGUUUUAUUAGAAUUACGAUAAAUCUCCAAUUAUAAAACAUGGUGUCAGGUGUUGUUGGUUCCAGUUAGUUGUUAAAAUUGGUUCCAGAUAUAGAUGUUAUCUGUUGAAGUUGUUUAUCGUACACUUUGAAGAUAUAACCUCAAAAUGGAAGAGUUUUUCAAGGCGCAAUCAAAGUGUAUGGAGUUGUUACAAAAACAAUUACAAGAGAUGCAGCAAAAGAUGCAAACUGCAUUUCCGGAGGCUUCCACGAAACAGAUGUCUAACGUACCUUGGCCAAAACCGCUCCAGGUAGAUGAGGGGGACAUUUACGAAAAUUUUCAGCUGUUUAAAGCAAAUUGGAAAGUUUAUGUAAAGGCAACAGGUAUGGAUCAGUGGUCAGCAGAUAGAGAAGAACAGAAGGUGAAUAUUUUAUUAUCAAUAAUUGGAGAUGUUGCAAAGGUUAAGUUUAACAAUUUUUCUUUAACCGAUGAUGAAAAGAGCAAUGCAGAUGAAAUGUUGAAUACCAAUGGGGAACGGUUAAUCGCUAGAACACAUCCUCUGUACGAAAGAUGGUUAUUUCACUCGUGCAAUCAGUUGCCGGAGGAAAAUUUCGAUGCAUAUUACUGUCGCUUAAAUAAAUUAGUCGAUAGAUGCCAAUUUGAUAAGAUUAACCCGCAAGAGUUAAAAAAGAUCAUGCUAAGAGACCGAGUAGCAUUUGGUAUUCGUGAUGACCAAUUAAAGAAAAAGUUUCUACGAGCUGAUCCGGACAAGUUGACGCUAGAUGAAGUGAUCCAAACGUGUAAAGUGAAUGAAGUUACAGAAGAUCGUUUUAAGAACAUGAACAGUGAAGAAAAGGUGGUUAAUACGAUUAAAGGUGCUAAAAACAAAGAUCAGACAAGUUCGAAAACAGAUACAUUGUUAAGGUGCAAGUUUUGCAACAAAAAGCACCCUUUUAAAAACUUUACGUGUUCAGCUUUCAAACAUAAGUGCAAAAAAUGUGCAAAGAUGGGACAUUUUGAAGUUUGUUGUUAUAAAGGAAAACCAGUUGAUCACAAGAAACAUGUUAAAGAAAUAGUUGAAGACGAAGGUGAAUUUGAAGAUGCAUCUGAGAGUGACGAUACUGAGUUAACGAUACAUAAGAUUACGGAUAAUUCGGCGAAAAGGUGGUAAUGUUCAAGCAGAGGUUCCUGCGUUGAUAGAAAAACAUAGACGCUACAAUAAAUAUUAUUACGACAAAAAGGGGAAGGAUCUCCCACAGCUUAAUAUAGGCGAGGGGGUACAGGUCCAACUCAAACCUGAUACAGAUAAACGAUGGCAACCCGCUACAGUUAGUCGCCAGCUAACAGAAAGAGCCUAUGAGAUUGAUACCGGAGGAACAAAAUAUGUCCGUGAUAGAGUGAAUUUAAAAGAUAGGGCAACAUCUAUACAAGAUUUGGAAAAGGAGGAAAAUCUGAUUCAUAAGGAAAUGCGAACAUCCUGUAUUCCGAAGGAGCAAAAUCAAAUGAAUAAGGAAAAGCCAGCAUCCUGUGUUCUAACUCCAAAAAGAUCCCUACAUGUUGAUCCAUCCGAUGAAAUUUCCAGUGUCCUAACACCUAAAAAGUCGUUAAAUAUGAAUGAAUCGGACAGGCCCAAACGUAACAUUAAACCAUUUAGAUUUAAGAAUUUUGUUUAUCAAUAGUUGUAAGUUACUUAUACUCAGUUAAAAAAAAGGGGCAUGUUAUAGAUAUGUACCUAUGUUACGCCACUGGUGAGUUGACCAGAAUAAAUCAUAUGAUAUCGUGUUUGGUUUUAUUAGAAUUACGAUAAAUCUCCAAUUA